AUGUCACACGAAAUGUCCCACCUGGGCCCGCGGGCCUUCAACCACGACCAGAGCGGCGACGCCGAGGCCGAGUACGAUCGCCUCCGCGAUCUCGCGCGCCAGGAGGCCUCCAAGCGCGGCGAUUGCUUCCACCGCUCCAAGGAAGCCUACUCCAAUGGCGAUGGCGCCGCCGCCAAAGAGCUCUCCGAACAGGGUAAGGCCCACGGCCGCAAGAUGGAGGAAUAUAACCGGCAGGCGUCGCAGUUCAUCUUCCGCGAAAACAAUGCGGAUGGUCGUGUAGCGGCGGAUACUAUCGAUCUGCAUGGGCAGUUCGUCGAGGAGGCGGAGGAGAUCCUGGAAGAGCGCAUCAAGUAUGCGAAGGCUCACGGACAGAGCCACCUCCACGUUAUCGUUGGCAAGGGCAACCACUCCGCCGGACACGUGCAGAAGAUCAAGCCUCGCGUCGAGCAGGUCUGCCGCGAACUCGGCCUGCAGUACGCCACCGAAGAUAAUGCCGGUCGCAUCUACGUCAAUCUCACCGGCGGAGAGGCUGUCAUGCCGUCCUACCCCUCCCACCAGGCACCGCACCACGGUGGAUACCCCGGGCAGCAACAAGGACACCAGCAACACCAGCAGCCUCAGCAGCAGGACGAGAUUGAGCAGGUGGUUAACGCCGUCUUGCCCAAGGUCAUGCGCAAACUGGAGAAGGCUUGCUGUGUGGUUAUGUAG